AUGCCCAGCACUGCCGUCCGUCUUGAAGGAUUGGCAUUUGGCACUAUUAUAGCCAUUGCCAUAGCCGGCUAUGCCUACCUGCUAUACCAAGUUCCCGAUGCUCUUCCCCCCGAGACGACAAACGAGCCUUCCAACCGCAACUUCAACUUCCGCAGCCUUCUCGGCUGGAUCAUCGAUCCCAUUCGCAUUGCCUGGCCGCACAUCCACAUUCCCUUUCUCCCGUUCACAUACCUCUUCUCCUUUCUCUAUACGAUCCUAUACCCUGCGGUGGCCAUACUGCAAGUGCUCUUGUACGCUGUCACGAGCCCAAUCCUCCUCCUCUACGCCGCCUCAAGCGUCAUCUACCCAUUCUACGUCUUUUUCGGUAUCGCCGCGCUGGUCGGACUAGCUGUUGGGAGCGGAUGUGCUGGGAUCGCCCAUCUCAUAUGGGCACUGGACGAGGCCAAGGGGUAG